AUGGAAACUUCAAUUUCAUGUGAGGACUCUAUACCGUACAACGACCCUGCAGUCAGACGGUUACCGUUGAUCAGUUGCAUGGGAAUUGGAACGGCGCUCGGCUUUGCACAAGCUAUUCACCAAGUGUUCAAGAAAAACAUGAUUCCCGACAGUAUUCGAAAAAUUAUCAGCGAACCUACAGCAACCGAAGAGGAUAUCGUUCUAGCCGAAGAGAAAUCCUUCGGUCACGGUUUCAUUUAUGCUCGUCACCCCUUUAGGAAGGAGGUCAUCACGGUUAUGCUUAGAAAUGGAUUACGUGCUGGAGAAGAUGGUUUGGAGGAAUUCGAAGAUAUUUCUAAAACAAUUUUCCAAGUAGUAAGAAAUCACUACUGA